GUUGGUACUUGUGUAAAGAUUAGCGUUUGUUUUUGGCAGAGCGAGAUAGAUUUGUUGUUGUUUACAUGAAAUUUGUGUACAGUAUUUAAUAAACACUAUGUUUAAAAAUACAUUCCAGAGUGGCUUCUUGUCAAUUUUAUAUAGUAUCGGGAGUAAACCGCUACAGAUAUGGGACAAAAAAGUCAGGAAUGGUCAUAUAAAGAGAAUAACAGAUAAUGACAUUCAAUCUUUAGUUUUGGAAAUAGUGGGUUCUAACGUAAGCACAACAUAUAUAACGUGCCCAGCAGACCCGAAAAAAACUCUUGGUAUUAAGUUGCCGUUCCUGGUCAUGAUAAUAAAGAAUUUAAAGAAAUAUUUUACAUUUGAAGUUCAGCAUGGUGCCAUGAGCUGUAAAUGUUUAUCAUCUCCGGGCAGUUCUGGUGACGUCUGGUAUCCAUCUUGGGACUCUUCUAAGGAUAUGAUCCCAAACCUCUGUACACAGCAAGCAGUGGCAUUGAUGAGCAGACUGAUUCUGGAUGACAAAAAUGUUCGCAGACGAUUUCGUGCAAGUAACUACCAAUCCACUACUCGUGUUAAGCCUUUUAUUUGCACAAUGCCAAUGCGGCUGGACGAUGGAUGGAACCAAAUACAGUUUAACUUAGCAGAUUUUACUCGCAGAGCUUAUGGGACAAAUUAUAUUGAAACUUUGCGAGUACAGAUUCAUGCAAAUUGUAGAAUAAGGAGAGUUUAUUUCUCAGACAGGUUAUAUUCUGAGGAUGAACUGCCAGCAGAAUUCAAAUUAUUUCUCCCAAUACAAAAUAAAGCAAAGGCAUAGUGUUGCAACAACAUGGGUUGACAGAAAUGGAUAAAUGGUUUUGUAGACGUGUCAUUGAUACACAGAUGUUCUUAAUGGAUCCUCAGAUAAUCAUUCUUAUUCAAGAUCAUAAUUCAUCAUUACAUAAGUGACGUAUGUGAUUCUCACAGUAUUUCUUUGUUACGUGUACUGUAUGACAGUAACAACUCUCACAAACACUUGCCGAAAAGUAACAGUUAUGAAGAAAUAAACAAAUGUCUGCUUGUUAAUUAUGAAGUCUUAGUUGGUACACAGACACAUACAAAAGAUGUUCUUUAGUUUCUGAAUUUAUUUUUGUCAAGACAAGUUGUGUUAUUGGAUCAGAGAGUGAUCUUGAAUGUGUGUGUUUUAGCACUUGAUACUAAUGCCUUCCUUUUGGUGAAAACAUCAAUAAGCGUACAAACCAAAGAACAUUGAUGUUAUUUAAUAUCAGUGGCUUUUCGCAAAUAAGUUUACUACUGUUCUCAACAUUUCAUAUUUGGAUAUUAUAUACCUCAUUUAUACAUAUAGCAGCACAAACUGUAUAAUUGAUCCAGUUUCCAUUAAAUUUAAUUUUUGAGAAUUUUAGUAACAUAGAGGCAAUUUAUCACACCAAAACAAAAGAUUAAUAAUGUAAGUAAUAAAAAUGUAAAGAAAGGACAUUAAAUGAUGACGUAGGCAAUAAGAAAUUCCCUGCUAAGAUUGACACAUGUUGAAUGUAGAUAGUAGACCCACUUGACAAUUUAUUGACUAGAUUUUAUUAUAAUUAUUUGCAUUUAGCAUUAUUUCCUUUUGUUGUGCACAGCUGUUAUCUUGAUAUGUGUAAAUAAAUUGGGUUUUUCAUUUUUUA